AUGGGACGGCCACAACCUGAACGUCUUGCCCUCAUGCCCGAGGAGCGUAAGGUUCGGAUGCGAGAACAAAAGCGGCGGAGCGUAUGGGAGGCAGCGGAAGAACUAGAGAGACACGCCGAAAAAACAAAAGGUUUGGCAGAUGAUGCAACGAAUAUAGAUAAGAAUGGGGGCGAUGAGGAAAAUGAAGAGGAAGAAGAGGAGGAGAAGGAGGGUAGUGACGAAGACGAGCGUGUGCGGGAAUACCGAGAGAAGAUGACGACGAGGAAGAAGGAGUAA